UAUUGUCAUAGUCAUUUUGACAGUAUGACGGUGUAUUGUGUCAUGAUAUUAUCCUCUUGCUCUUGGUCCAAACAGUGACAGCAGGUUUUCCUCAUCCACAAGCGAAUAGCGGAUGCAGUGCUAGCUGACUGAAGGAUGAACCACAGCAGCUGCUAUGGCCUGCAGCAGCGGUCCUGCUAACCCAGAGACUCUGGAAGGGUUCCAUGAGGUCAACCUGGCCUCGCCCACCACCCCUGACCUGCAGAACCAAGUGGAGCAGCGCCCCACCACCUGCCACAACACUCCGCCAUCCUCCCUCUACCGCACUCACGCCUUACGACCGCCUCCCGCCGGCCUCCACUCCUCCCUGCGAGCAGACCAGCUCCCCACGCAGCCUGUCUACUCCACGCCGCGACACAGCCACAAUGGAAGCGAGCAGGGCCCGGAAGCGGAUGUGGCCGAGAGCAACUUCCUGUCUGGGGAGGAUGGCGAGGAGUCCAGCCUGUCACGCCUCCGCAGCCCGUCGGUCAUGGAGGUGCGGGAGAAAGGAUACGAGCGUCUGAAGGAGGAGCUGGCCAAGGCCCAGAGGGAGCUGCUGUUGAAGGAUGAGGAGUGUGAGAGGUUGUCAAAAGUGCGAGAUCAGCUUGGCCAGGAGCUGGAGGAACUCACCGCCAGCCUCUUCCAGGAGGCCCACAAGAUGGUGAGAGAUGCCAACGUUAAACAGGCCAAUGCCGAGAAGCAGCUGAAAGAAGCUCUGGGCAAGAUUGAGGUCCUCCAGGCAGAGGUCCAGGCCCUGAAGACGCUCGUUCUCUCCUCCCCGACGUCGCCCGUUGGUGAGCUGCCCUCUGUGGGCGUGGCCGGGAAGACCCCCUUCAGGAAGGGCCACAGUAGGAACAAGAGCACCUCCUCCGCCAUCUUGGGAACUCAACCUGACCCGUCGGCCACACAGCCCAUCGUACGCGAGUGUCGAGAGGCGGACCCUCAGCUCUUCACAGAGUUCAAGGCCUGGAAGGAGGAGCCCACGCUGGACCGCAGCUGCUCCUUUCUGGAGCGAGUGUACCGUGAGGACAUCUACCCCUGCCUCACCUUCAGCAAGAGCGAGCUGGGGUUGUCCAUCCUGGAAGCUGUGGAACAGAACACACUCAGUGUGGAGCCGGUCGGGUUCCAGCCACUGCCUGUAGUCAAAGCCUCGGCCGUCGAGUGUGGCGGACCAAACGGGCAAAGGUCUGAGCUCAUCUCGAAGUGCGCCCUGAGUGGUCAGACCAAAACCUGCAAGCACAGAAUCAAGUUUGGAGACUCUUCCAAUUAUUACUUCGUGUCUCCUUACUGCCGAUACAGAAUCACGGUAGUGUGUAAUUUCUUCACCUACAUCCGUUACAUCCACCAGGGGCUGGUCAAGCAGCAGGACGCCGAGCAGAUGUUCUGGGAGGUGAUGCAGCUCCGCAGGGAAAUGUCCUUGGCCAAGCUGGGCUACUACAAAGACCAACUGUGACUGACGGACAGCUAACUCCAACACCCCGCCCUCUUCCUGACAUGAAGCCCCGCCUCCUCCACUGUGGCGCAUAAGACGCUGAGCUUGCAGAUGGUCAUUGUAGCUUCUGACCUGAGUUCAAACACUCCCGAAUGAAAAACCUCAAGCACCUUAAGUUGGUGACACAAACGUAACAGCCACAGCCACAAAGAACAUACGCUUUGAAGCCAAUGUUUCCUCCAUGAAGGAACAUAUUCAAACACGUUUCUGCUCCGAAUUGCAACUCCUUUUUUUUUUUUUUUUUU